AUGGCAGACAUUCUGGCACCACGCUCCAGCGCCGAUCGCUUCGGUGAGAACCAGGAGAAGGCCCCGCAACCCCAGGUUGGCCCCUCCCAGGAAGUUAAUUUACUGGGUGAAGGCAGCCCGGGUGUUCGGCGCAUCGAGAUAAUUGCCUCGCAUUUUCGCUUUGUGGAUCGCAUCUUUCUGUUUCUCGGCGUUUUUCUUAUCGCCUAUGUCUACGGUCUAGAUGGCACCGUCCGUUAUACCUACCAGCCAUAUGCGACACAAAGCUAUGGGCAACACAGUCUGCUAGCUACGGUUAAUGUUCUUCGCGCCGUCAUCGCUGCGGCCGCACAGCCCACGGCCGCAAAAAUUGCAGAUGUCUUCGGCAGAGUCGAGCUUAUUAUUGUGUCAAUUAUCUUCUAUACCGUGGGAACAAUCAUCGAGACUUUUUCUAAGAGCGUGGAAGCUUUCUGCGCAGGAGCUGUGAUUUACCAGAUCGGGUAUACUUGCAUCAUGCUGCUUGUGGAGGUCUUGAUUGCUGAUGUUACUUCCACUCGAUCCCGACUUCUCUUCUCCUAUAUCCCUGCAUUGCCGUUCAUUAUAAACACUUGGAUAAGUGGAAAUCUAACGACCGCUGUCCUCAAAGUUACUUCGUGGCAAUGGGGCAUCGGAAUGUUUGCCAUCAUCUACCCCAUCUGCGCUCUCCCUUUGAUCACCGUCCUGUUUAUUGUCCACCGCCGCGCCAAAUCAUCUGGUCAACUGGAGUCCUAUAAAAGCUCGAUGGACCUGAUUGGUGGUCGCCGGCUUGCAGUGGAGCUUUUUUGGCAUCUGGAUGUUGUCGGGAUCAUAUUGAUGAUUGCUAUGCUCGCCUGUAUUUUGGUUCCAUUCACUCUUGCUGGUGGCGUGACCGCCCAAUGGAAAACCGCAAAAGUCAUUGCCCCAUUGGUAAUUGGCAUUCUGCUAAUUCCAGUGUGGGCAUACUGGGAGAAGACAUGCAAAUAUCCUAUGCUGCCAUUUAGACGCCUCAAAGAUCGCGGCGUUUGGGGAGCACUCGGGAUUGCGGUUAUGUUGAAUACUGCCUGGUAUCUUCAGGGUGACUUCUUAUACACUGUACUCUAUGUGAGCUUCGACGAAUCGGUGCUGAGUGCCACUCGAAUCACUUCACUUUACAGUUUUACAUCUGUCAUUGCCGGGACUAUCCUUGGGUUGAUUAUUAUCAAGGUCCGGCAAUUGAAACCCUUUAUCGUCGCCGGUACAGUGCUGUUCACAAUCGCUUUUGGCAUCCUCAUCCACUAUCGUGGUGGCUCUAGUGGGUCAAGUCAUUCAGGGGUUAUUGGCGGACAAGUUCUUCUGGGUCUCGCUGGUGGAAUGUUUCCCUAUCCUGCUCAAGCUAGUAUUCAAGCUGUUUCGAAACAUGAACACCUCGCUGUCGUUACUGGAAUCUACCUUGCGUCUUACAAUAUUGGCAGCGCAUUAGGAAAUACGAUUUCUGGUGCUAUCUGGAAUCAAGUACUUCCGGCAGAGCUGACUCAUAGGCUUGGAAAUGCGACUCGAGCCGCAGAGGUAUACGCACAACCUCUAGUCUUUGCUGACGCUAACCCCGUUGGGACGCCCGACAGGGAUAAUGUGAUUCUCGCCUACCAGAAAACCCAGCGUCUACUUUGUAUCACCGGCAUUUGUCUGACCAUUCCAUUGAUCAUUUUCGCGCUUUGCAUUCGGAACCCGAAAUUGACCAAAGAACAGACUCUUGCCAAAGCAGAAGAAGAAUCUAUCUCAGAUUCUAGCCUGGACAGAGCUUGA